AUGGCCCUGCCUUAUUACAACGACCCUCCACCAUACGGCUGGACCAAAGAAUACGACCCAGCGUCCCAGCACGAUUUCUGGGUUGAUACCACCUCUAGUCCGCCGCGAUCUAUCUGGACCCAUCCAUAUGAGGAUGAGAUAUUUCUAUCGCAACAUCCCGAGAUACGCGAACGCUUCAAAAACGAGCUCAGUCCGUCUGCAGGGCCAGACAGCCGACGGCACUCGUUCCACGGAGAGUCUUCGACUGUUCGGCCUCCUGCUAAGCGAAACUCGGCAUCGCACCCAGGGACACCGGUCAAUACGCGUUCUUCUACGCCCCGUGGGAUAUUCGGCCGAAUGAAGGACAAAGCAAUAGGGACAAAAGAGGAGCGCGAGGAACGUAAACUGCGAGAACGAGAGUUGGAACGCCAACAAAUGACACAGCGCGAGCAAGCUCUCCAGCAGUUGCGUCAACAGUACAUGCAGCAACGACAGCAAUACCAAAGUCAAGACGGAAAUCGGUAUGGGCGGACGAGCGGUUUGGCUUAUGGUCCGCCACCGGGCAACCCAUACAGCAAUCCGUAUUACGGCAGGAACAGGUCAGGACUGAGCGGAGGCAAUCUGGCUCUACCGUUACUCGGAGGGAUGGCGGGUGGUUUGCUUUUGGGCGAUAUGCUCGAUGGCGGAUUCGGUGGUGGUGGUUUUGGCGGUGGCGGUUUUGGCGGUGGCGGUUUUGAUGGAGGAUGGGGUGGGGGAGGUGGCUUCUUCUGA